AUGACUUUAAUAAUUCGAUGUGUAGAUGUGUCAAAUGCUCCCAUAAAGGUAGAAGAAUAUUUUUUAGAGUUCUUGAAAGUGGAUGAUACAUCUGGAUGUGGACUUUUUAAUGAGUUACAAGCUGUAUUAAAGUGUCUUAAACUUGAUAUUAAUAAUGUAAGGGGCCAAGGUUAUGAUAAUGGAGCUAACAUGAAGGGGAAAAACAAGGGUGUGCAAAUAAGGUUUCUAAAAAUAAAUCCUAGGGCAUUUUAUAUGCCAUGUGCUUGUCAUUCUCUUAAUUUAACAGUUUGUGAUAUGGCAAACUCUUGUGUUAAAGCUGUGUCAUUUUUUGGUGUUGUGCAACGUAUGUAUACUCUAUUUGCUAGUUCUACAAAGAGGUGGAAAAUUUUUCAAGAUCAUGUCCAUGGAUUAACUCUUAAACCAUUGUCAACAACAAGAUGGGAAAGUCAUAUUAAUAGUGUUAAAGCCAUAAUAACCCAAACUGAUGAUAUAAGAGAAGCACUAUUUGAAUUGUCUAGGGUUAGUGAAGAUGCAAAAACAAAGAGUGAAGCUGAAUCUUUAGCUACACAUGAACUUGAAAAUUUUGAAUUUUUGUUGGGCAUGAGUAUAUGGCAUAACAUUUUGAAAAAAAUUGACUUGGUUAGCCAAAAAUUGCAAUAUGGAGAUAUGCAAAUUGAUGUUGCAAUAAAACAUUUGAAGGGGCUGGUCUCUUAUUUUGUAGACUAUAGGGAACAUGGGUUCACAUUGGCCCUACUUUCUGCUAAAGAGAUUGCAUCAAAGAUGGAAAUUGACCCUGUAUUUCCUGAAAAACGUCAAAGUCGAAGAAAAAAACAAUUUGAUGAAAAUGACCAUAAAGAGACAUUUCAAUCUGCUGAAGAAUCUUUUAGGGUGAAUUAUUUUCUUGUUGUAGUUGAUGCUGCAAUUUCUUCUUUGAGGAGUAGAAAUCUUGAAGUUGCUUUAACACAUGAUAAUGAAUCUGAUAUUAAUGCUGAUGAUUUGUUUUCUGAAUUGGAAGUGUUACAAAUGUAUUUACCGAAAGAGACAAAGACAGCCAUUGAAGUUCUUGAUUUUGUAAAAGUUGUGGAUUGUUUUCCAAAUGUGCCAAUUGCUUAUAGAAUUAUACUGACUUUGCCAAAGAUCAAGAAUUUUUCAAUGAAGAUCAAGAAGAUCAAGAAUUUUGAAGAGGUUGUAGAUGAUGAAGUGGAAGUCAAAGGAGCUUUUUGUGUACAAUUGAGCCACUUGAGAACUAAGCCCUAUGGAAGAGCCACUUAA